AUGGCGAAGGCUCUGUCCCCCAGGGUGCGAUACUCGGUCUUGGUGAUGGAGUGCCAAAAUAAAAUAAAAUCCAAUUUGCAGAAGAAGUUUGGGUGUGUGUUUGAGGGAAUCGCUAAAGCAGGACAUUCAACACCUCUGAACGACUUCUACACAGAGAUCUUCAUCACAAAGAGAGGCAGCGGAGAGGUCAACCAGGAGCAUGAGGUCAGACGGAUUGAAACAGCUUCCAGGAAACCAGCCAUGGAGGAAACACCAAUCAGAUGUGAGGAUAUCUUUAAACCCUUACCUGGACAAGAUAAACCAAUGAAAAAACCAAGGACAAUUAUGACAACUGGAGUGGCCGGCAUUGGUAAAACCGUCUUAACACACAAGUUCACUCUGGACUGGGCUGAAGACAAGGCCAAUCAGGACAUACACUUCACGUUUUUCUUCACUUUCAGAGAGCUGAAUUUACUAGAAGAGAAAAAGUUUAGCUUGGUGAAACUUCUUCAUCACUUCUUUAAUGAGACCAAAGAAGCAGGAAUCUGUAAAUAUGACCUGUUCCAGGUUGUCUUCAUCUUUGAUGGUCUGGAUGAGUGUCGACUUCCUCUGGACUUCCAGAGAAACCCGAUGUGGACUGAUGUCACAAAGUCCACCUCGGUGGACGUGCUGCUGACAAACCUCAUCAGGGGCAACCUGCUUACCUCUGCUUGCAUCUGGAUAACCACACGCCCUGCGGCAGCCAAUAGGAUCCCUGCUGAGUGUAUUGACUUAGUGACAGAGGUGAGAGGGUUCACCGAUCCACAGAAAGAGGCGUACUUCAGGAAGAGAUUCACAGAGGAGACACUGGCCAAAACAAUCAUCACCCACAUCAAGAAAUCACAAAGCCUCCACAUCAUGUGUCACAUCCCAGUCUUCUGUUGGAUCACUGCUACAGUUCUGGACAACUUCUUCAAAACAUCCCAGCUGGGAGAAGAGAUGCCCAAGACCAUGACUCAGAUGUACAGCCACUUCCUGAGGGUUCAGUCCAUGCUGGGGGACAGGAAGUAUCGGUCGAUAGCUGAAACAGAGUGGAGUUCACAGAGCAGGGAGAUCAUUGUUUCUCUGGGAAAACUGGCUUUUAACCAGCUGGAGAAAGGCCACCUGAUCUUCUACGAGAAAGACCUGGCAGAGUGUGACAUCGAUAUCGGAGCAGCCUCAGUGUACUCAGGAGUGUUCACCCAGAUCUUUAAAGAGGAGUGUGGGCUGUACCAGGACAAGGUGUUCUGCUUUGUCCACCUGAGCAUCCAGGAGUUUCUGGCUGCCCUUUAUGUCUUUAUGUCAUUCAUCGACAAUGGGGACAAUCUGCUCUCAGGACAACGACAAUUCCUCUGGUCUAUUUUUUCUAGAAACAAAGGAAAUGUCAAACUCUACCAGAGUGCUGUGGACAAGGCCUUACAGAGUGAGAACGGACACCUGGACUUGUUCCUCCGCUUCCUCCUGGGCCUCUCUCUGGAGACCAAUCAGAUUGUCCUACGAGGACUGCUGGGAAAGACAGUUAGUAGCUCAAAGACCAGUAAGAAAAUGGGCUCUUACAUUAAGAAGAAGAUAGGUGGAGAUCUCUCUACAGAGCAAAGAAUCAAUCUGUUCCACUGUCUGAAUGAGCUAAACGACCGUUCUCUAGUGGAGGAGAUCCAACAGUCCCUGACAUCAGGAAGACUCUCCAAAGAAUCUCUCUCUCCUGCUCAGUGGUCAGCUCUGGUCUUCAUCUUACUGUCGUCAGAAGAGGUGCUGGACGUGUUUGACCUGAAUAAAUACUCUGCUUCAGAGGAGGGUCUUCUGAGGCUGCUGCCAGUGGUCAAAGCCUCCAAAACAUCUCUGCUGAAUGGGUGUGGUCUGUCAGAGAGAUGCUGUGAAGCUCUGGCCUCAGUUCUCGGCUCCACCUCCUCUGGUCUGAGAGAGCUGGACCUGAGUACCAAUGAUCUGCAGGAUUCAGGAGUGAAGCUGCUCUCUGCUGGACUGGGGAGUCCACACUGUACACUGGAAACUCUAAGUUUGAAAGGCUGUGAUCUAUCAGAGAGAUGCUGUGAAGCUCUGGCCUCAGUUCUCAGCUCCAACUCCUCUAGUCUGAGAGAGCUGGACCUGAGUACCAAUGAUCUGCAGGAUCCAGGAGUGAAGCUGCUCUCUGCUGGACUGGGGAGUCCACACUGUACACUGGAAACUCUCAGCUUGUCUGGCUGCCUGGUCACACAGGAAGGCUGUGCUUCUCUGGCCUCAGCUCUGAGCUCCAACCCCUCCCAUCUGAGAGAGCUGGACCUGAGCUACAAUCACCCAGGAGACUCUGGAGCUGCGCUGCUCUCUGCUGGACUGGAGGAUCCACGCUGGAGACUGGACACUCUCAGUGUGGAGCACGGUGGAGUGUGGAGGCUGAAACCAGCUCUAAAGAAGUAUGCCUGUGACCUCACACUGGACCCCAACACGGCCUACAGAGACCUCUCUCUGUCUGAGGACAACAGGAAGGUGAUGCUGGUUGGAGAGGUCCAGUCGUAUCCGGAUCACCCAGAGAGAUUUGACUCCUGGCCCCAGGUGUUGGGUAGAGAGGCUCUGACUGGCCGCUGUUACUGGGAGGUAGAGUGGGGAGGAUAUGUUGAUAUAGGAGUGACAUACAGAGGAAUCACAAGGAGAGGACGGGGUGCUGACAGCAGGCUUGGACGGAACAACAAGUCCUGGGUUCUUUAUUGUUAUGAUGGUCGUUACUAUGCCUGGUACAACGAUAGACAGACACUCCUCCCCCUCCGCCCCGCUGGCUCCACCAGAGUAGGAGUGUAUCUGGACCGGCCUGCUGGCUCUCUGUCCUUCUACAGAGUGUCCCCAGGUGGAGGAGGGUCCUCAGACACACUGACACACCUCCACACCUUCUGGUCCUCCUUCACCCAGGAGGACCUCCUCCCGGGGGUGGGGGUAGGG